AUGUACGGUCAGACCGAGAAUUUUGUCGCUGCUACGACCAGGGGAUUUUCGAAUAUUGCAGACUUCGUGAGAGGCGACGAUAUUUCUGUAGGAUGGGUCGAUCUAGGUGCUGAGCUGAAGAUCUGUAGCCCAGGUGACACGUUUGCUCUGCCACGCAACGUUGUUGGUGAGUUGCAUUAUGGCAGUGUUAUCAGGUGCAACGGGUAUGCUGGAGAACCUUUGCCUGAGAACUUCUACACCGACAACAAUGGACAGACCUGGUUCGGUUCUGGGGACGCCGCUAUAAUUGACGAUGAAGGAUUGGUCUUCAUCGUUGGCAGAAUCAAAGACAUGAUCAUUCGUGGUGGUGUGAAUAUCUCACCUGCUGCGAUCGAGUUCCAACUUGCUCAGGAACCACGAACCAAGUCACUCAACAUACAAGUGGUUGGCAAACUUGAUCCGAUUGCGGGCGAAGUUCCUAUUGCUAUAUCUCAAAAAGCGGUGACUCCAUCAGAUGUCGAUGCUAUACAAGAUACUAUUUCGAAAUACAAAGGACCAGUAUACCUGCCUGAAGAGGUACUAACCCUAGAACAACUCGGCCUAGAAGACUUCCCUAAAACUAUGCUUGGAAAAAUACAGAAAGGCAAACUUACCACAUUAGUAAGGGAGUACUUUGAGAGAAGAGAUUCACCUGAAGUGGAUGAUCAAAUCGAGACAGACGAUUUGACUAGGCAAGUGCAAAAGAUCUGGAAAAGAACGAUUGGUCACGAGGUCGACCUGAAUGCAAAAUUGUCUGACUUUGCCGACAGUAUCACGAUCAUGAGAGUCCGAGAUCGAUUCGCAAGAGAUCUUGGAGUGAAGCUGACAUUCGCAGACAUCUUGGGUAACAGGACGGUCAAGGAACAAAUUGCCAUGAUUCGAGAGCAGUCACUAGAGACCAUUGUUCCACAAAACAUUUCCCAAAAUGUCAACCUGACAGCCAAAAAUCUAGUCCAUCUCGCUGGUACACCUGAGCUAUUUCCUACUACGAAAGCCUACAUCUCGGAUGAGCUUGGCAAAGUCGGUCUCGAAUGGGACGAUGUCCAGUACAUCACCCCAGCCUCUGACUUUACUCAGGUCUUGACCCACGCCGACAUCCUCAACACUUCUUGGUCGUGGAAAUUCGCGUUUGUAGCGAGAGCGGGUCUCGACAAGCAAGCAGUCCGGAAAUCUUGCGAGUUGAUGUUAGCUUUCGGCUCAGACAUAGCUCUCCAUGUUGUACCAAAGUCAAACCAGAAGCUGUUCAACCUUGUCUUCCGCGAUUAUGGCAACAUACCCACAAAAGCCGAGUUUGCAGACCUUGUCUUGAAGCCCUAUGAGUACGAGAUGGCAUUGUUGCCUGGCAUACUGUUUCACUUUCUACUUUUCCGCAUCGAAGACACGGGCCAGACUGGCAUGAUUAUGGUUUCUCAUCAUGCUGUCAUAGACGCAUCGUACAUGCAGUUGAUUUUCGACGACCUGGACAAGGCUCUUGGAGGUGAAGCAUUACCCCAACAUAUCAGCUACAAGACUUGGGCUGACUCAUACUAUUCCUUACGCACUACUCAUGAAGCUCAAGUCGCCGUCAAUUGGCACGUGAAUCGACUCGAAGAUCUGAUGUUUCAGAAACGGUCUGUCUUCCCACAACUACCACGUCCUCAUCAUUUCUUGUCUUCCCAGAUGCACAUUCAGCAAGUCGACGACAAUGGUUGUCACAUCGACUUUCGUGCAUCAGGCAUGACAAAUCUCCGCCGCAAGCAUCCACAAUUAUCAGCACCAGUGAUUAUCAAGGCAGCCUGGUCACUGAUGAAUAUGCACCGUAACGACACCGACUGUGCCGUGUUCAGCAACCUCCAAGCCGAUCGUCGUCGCUUCCCCUUCGUCCCUAAGGCUCUAGAAUCACUUUCGCCAGCUCAUACUUUCGAAGCUAGUAACGUCGCUGGACUCUGCUUGCAAGACGUGGUGAACAUUAUUCCACUCCAUUCUGAAGAGAAUAUUCUCGACUUUCUCCACCGCGUGUAUAGGGAUCAAGAAGAACUUAACCAGUAUGCUUCAGCACCACUCAAGACACUCCUGCAAGCUAUUGGCCCAGUCAAUGCAGAGAUCAUGCUUGAUGUCCUACGAAGCCAAAUCUUCAACUGGACACCUGGUCUAGGAGCAAUGCAGACGCACAACCCUAACGAAAAUUACGAACCUGUCUCUAGCUUUAUCAGACCUAGUUUGCGACUUGUGAUAAACGUGGAUGUUGGCGGUCAUGACGACGAGACAGUCUUUGCGCAGAUUAAGUCACCUUUAUACGACAUGGAUGGCUUGAGAAGUCUUGCUCGAGAUUUUGAGGAUUUUGUGCUUUAUGUAUGCAAUGAAGCGAACUGGUACGAAAGGUCUGGCAACUUCAGGUCUGCACUGCGACAACUGGGCAAAGAAGAACCACAAACGAAUGGAUAUCAGACAGCACAUAUAAUGUGA